CGCCUCGGCUUCAGAAAAAGAGAGAGAGAAGGGAAACUUCACAGAAAUGGCGGAGAGUGCGACGUCUCUCAAAGGCUUGCGAGCCCAAAUGGCUGCCGCUGCCCAGGCCCAGGCAGAAGAGCGCCGCAGCCUGUCUGGGAACAGCCCAGGGCCGACACCACCCAGCACAACCGCUAAACCUCAGGGGCCCAAGCCAGUCAUCGACGGCGCCGUAAUCAGGAUAGACGAGAAACUACGAGUAGCAAAGGAGAGACGAGAGGAGGCGGAUCGACAACAAGCACUGCGGGAUAACCAGAUAGUGGAGCGGGAGCGCAAGGCCAAGCUGCAGGUGGAGCGACAGAUGGAGGAGCGCCAGAAGAAGCUUGACGAGCAGCGCAGGAAGGAGGAGCAGAAGCGCUCCGCCGUGGAGGAGAAAAGGAAGCUGAAAGCGGAGGAGGAGAAGGAGCACUACGAGGCGGUGAUGCGGCGGACCCUGGAGCGCAGCCAACGGGUGGAGCAGCGUCAGAAGCGAUGGUCUUGGGGAGGUCUGUCCACAGACUCGGACGGACGAGCGGGAGACUCUGAUGCCAGCGUCUCGUCUCCAGUAGCUAUAGAAAUCACCCCCGCCUCGCCACAAAAGCCCCCAAGGAAAAAGCAAGUGGACAAGCGCUCCACGUCCACCAUGAACCUGAAGCAGUCGGGCGACGCUGCCAUCAGCAAGCGCCUUUCCACCUCCUCCGCCACCCUCAUCAAAACCCCUGAUAAAAGUGCUAAGCGGAGGAGUGCGUCUUGUCAACGGUUGCCUAGCAAUGGCAUUGCUCCUCAGGCUAAGGAAGACGGCAAAAAGCCCCAGGUGGAAAAGCCAGGCCGCAGUGUGAUGAAGAGAAGCUCCUCCCUCUCUCGGGGGGGCGGGGUCCGAGCUCAGACCCCUCCCGCCAAACCCGAUAAGGGCACCACGGACGAUCAAGCUCGCAGGGCCCAGCAGGCAUGCGUUGCGGACGGAGGGGUCCUGAGCCGCCUGCUCACCCCCACCCAGGCCUCACUAGCUAGGAGCAAGAGUGCCGCCGCACUGUCCGCGGACGGAGCAGACGCUGCAGCCUCGGCCAGCCCGCUACAACCCCCGCCCCGCGGGCCGCUGCGGAGCCGCAGCAUCGACCGGCAGAAGAGCGGCAUGACGGGCUCCGUCUCGGCCGACGGCGCCCUGGACCCCUCUCUGAAGGACAGAAGGUUAACCUCGCCCAUGAGCCAGCGCCCCCCGUCCCCGUCCAACUCCCUGGGCCGCAACAGGUCACCCUCCCCGGCCCCCCCUCCCGCACCCAAGAGGACCCCGUCCCCGGCACCCAAGAGAGCCCCCUCCCCAGCACCCAAGAGGACCCCCUCCCCAGCGGCAGCCAAGCAAGGCUCACGCUCCCGGCCCCCUUCCCCCGGCGCGGGGAAACAGCGCCCCCCGUCCCCACAGCCCAACGCCGCGGCCCCCGCCUCUAAACCCCCUCCCAUCCAGAAGCCGGCUCUCACCCCGACGGGACCCCAAACCCUGCGCAAGAGGGACUCCAAGUCCAAGGACCUUCUACCCGGUCAGCCCGUGCACCCCCCGUCCCCCGACUCGGGCCAGGCCAGCGCCUCCUCCCCCAGCCCCUCUCCCGCCCCGCCGGCCCCCCACAGCAAGAGCAAGGACAAAGACGACCCCAAGGCGAUGGUGGGGACCAGCUCCAAGGAGGAGGCGGCCAAGAUGCUGGCGGAGAACCGCCGGCUGGCUCGGGAGCAGAAGGAGAAGGACGAGCUGCUCCGGGUACAGAGGGAGGAGGAGGAGAGGCUGAGGAAGGAGGAGGAGCAGCGGCUGGCGGAGGUGGCCCGGCUGGAGCGUGAGGAGACGCAGAAGAGGCAGGCGGAGGAGAAGGCCCAGCGGGACGAGGAGGAGGCGCUGCAGGCCGAGGAGGACCGGGUGAGGCUGGCCGCCGAGGAGGUCCUGAGGCAGGAGGAGCUCCAGCGCGAGCGCGAGGAGGCGGAGGCCCGCGCCCUGGAGGAGGCGGAGCGGGUGCGGGUGGAGCGCGAGCGCGUCCUGCAGCAGAACCAGCAGGAGCGCAUGGAGAGGAAGAAGAGAAUUGAGGAAAUAAUGAAGAGAACAAGGAAAGGUGAAGACAGCGAUAAGAGAGACGGUGAUGAUGAUGAUAAAGACGACCAGGACGAUGGUGAAGAUGACGUGGACGACAUUGACUGUGAAGCUAAGGAGGACGACAUGGUCCAUCAUGAGGAUGCGGACGGGGAGGCCGACGCCGCUAAGGAAGAGGAGUGCUGCGUGGCCGGCGGUGAGCCGGUCAGCGAGAGGCAGACGCCCGUGGGCAGCGUCAACGGCCAGUCGGACACCGACGACAAGGAGAACAACAAUGACAUGAGCACAGACGGGACCCAGGCCGUCAGCCCCAUUCCCAAGAGCCGGCUGGUGGAGGGCUCGGAGUUCCUGAACGAGGAGGAUGCCUCCAAGGCGGGCCUGGUGCCGGGCGUCAACGGCAAGCCGGGCCCCUGGAGCUUCGAGGAGCUCAUCGACCUCAACGUGCACUCCAAGAGCCGGCCCCUGCUGCAGUCCGAGGACCGCAACCAGGGCCUGAUCGACUGUGACGGGGCCUCCGACGGGCCCCCCCGCGGGGCCUUCGAGGACAACGGGGCCCCCGGGGUCAAGAGCAUGCAUUCCUCCCCCCAGCCCCUGGAAGCCCUGGCAGAGGUUUGAUGCCCCUGGCUCCGCCCUCUGCCUCGUACUAUUGCACUCCCAGACGUCCCAUCCGGCCGAGCUCUUCCAAACACUCCUCCAUUAGCCCCUCCCCCUCCGUUCAACUGCCCCUCCUAUUGGACCUUCUGUUCUCACCCGGACCCUCUCAGCCAACCAACGUAGGACCGCAAGAUGGCGGAGAGACCGUACCUCCAGCACCACAAAGAAAAAAUAAGAUCAUACCGUUUCAGAAGAAAUGGUGUACCCUCCCAUCAAGUCAUUCUUUGUCCCCUCAAACUUCUACGUGCGUGGUUUAGUUUUCUCUGGUUUGGUUUAUAUUUCUAAAUGUUUUUUAUGGUUUUCACUUUGCCAGUGGUGAGGUGUUGUAAUUUAUAAGUCCUUUUCUCUUUUGAUGUCCAUUGCUGUUCAUCAUAUGUCGUUUCCCCUCCCCCCCCCUUGUCUUGCUCGCUCGCUCGCUCUCUCUCUCUCUCUUUUGAGAUUAUUCCAGAAUGAACGCACACCUGGGUGGAUGUAAAGGGGAGUGGAAUUGUGAUUUCAUGAAAGGAACAUUUAUAUGUGGUCAUUCUCCUGAAAGUAAUUGUUUUAUCAGUAAUGCAAAAUUAAAUUUCAACAUCCCCGCAACAUGGCCUUAUAGGUAUUGCAAUGUACUUUCUGGGUGAGUUAACAACCCAAGUUGCUUAUGAUUCAUACACAUGAUAAAGCAUAUUCAGAAGAGGAAAAAGGUGUGUCUACAAGGCUGGUGUUCACACACUUUGUUUACAGCUUCCUGGAAGGACCGAUUCUCCUGUCCUGUCUUUCCCUCCCAAUAUCUCCCACCUAUCGUUUCUCCUUCCACCAGACGUUUUUUUUCGAUUAAGGUGAGCACAAGUGCUCCCUACAACACCCAGCACCCUUCACCCUAGACCCCCAGGGGCCCGUCACAACCAACACCUUUGACCAUAGUUCCCUGGGGGCCUCUGGGAAUCAAUGGGCUCAGUGCCGUGAACUCAAUGUUCAUAGAAGUUUCCGCUGUCGUCCGUUGUGUUUUUCCGUUCAUUGGAACUGACUUUAGGCGUUCGUAACUUGACUCGUGUUUCGCUCAAUUUACAUGUGUACAUAGACUCAUUGUUAAUAGAUACUCGCAUUAGAAUAGAAUCCAGUGAAAGCUGUCGUAGACCAUGGUCCAAUCUGAAAUGAUUGCACCUGUUCCACUUAAGGUGUGUGUGUGCGUGUGCGUGUGUGUGUGUGUGUGUGUGUUCAGUACUCCACAGUGGUGUGGCUUCUGUCUCACAUCCCCGAAGUUGCUCAGGGCUAAUGCUGCAGAAGUAAAUUCACUUAAGGGCCGACAAGUUUUUAAACAUGCUGCAAUGGAGUCCUAUGGUCUAUACUGUUAUCUGUGUGGGUCCUUUGACUGUUGUGUGUGUGCUAUCCCAAUAACCUUAAUAACUAAAGAUUCUCUACAAAAUACACGCAAAGCAAGCGUCUCUUGGCAAAAAAAACAACAUGAUUCUAAUUUAUAUAUAUAUAUAAUUUGGCUGUUUGUAUAUGAAAUAUAUUUCUACAUAUUUCUAUGUAUGUAUUUAAGUGUUAUUUUUGUAUAUAAUCAGUAUUAGGCCAACUGAAGCCAUGUUAAGGAAAGGGUGUAGUCGUCUGGUGUGUCUGUUACUGUACUUGAGCUAAGGGCUUGGGUUGUGAGUAGAGCGCUGCCUUGCCUUUGGGCACAGUGCGUGUGUGCCCCCCCCCCCCCCCACCCCAA